AUGUCCUUUGGGAGAGAUAUGGAGCUGGAACACUUUGAUGAGCGUGACAAAGCACAGCGGUACAGCCGAGGGUCACGGGUGAAUGGGCUCCCUAGCCCGACCCAUAGUGCCCAUUGCAGUUUCUAUCGAACCCGCACCCUACAAACCCUCAGCUCUGAGAAGAAAGCCAAAAAAGUCCGUUUCUAUCGCAAUGGGGACCGAUAUUUCAAAGGGAUUGUAUAUGCCAUAUCUCCUGAUCGCUUUAGAUCUUAUGAAGCUUUGCUGGCUGACCUGACCCGAACUUUGUCUGAUAAUGUCAAUCUGCCCCAAGGUGUGAGAACCAUCUACACUAUUGAUGGAGCAAAGAAGAUCACCACUUUAGACCAACUUGUGGAAGGAGAGAGCUAUGUGUGUGGUUCAAUAGAGCCUUUUAAGAAGCUGGAGUACACAAAGAAUGUAAAUCCUAAUUGGUCUGUAAAUGUUAAGACCACCUCAACUUCCCGUUCAGUGCCCUCUCUAGCCACGGCCAAAGGAAGCCCUGCAGAUUCAAAGGAGAACAAGGAUUUCAUUAGACCUAAACUGGUCACCAUCAUCAGGAGUGGUGUGAAGCCACGCAAAGCAGUUCGGAUUCUGCUUAACAAAAAAACAGCACAUUCAUUUGAGCAGGUUCUCACUGAUAUUACUGAUGCCAUCAAACUUGAUUCAGGAGUAGUUAAGCGUCUUUACACACUGGAUGGGAAACAGGUGGUGUGCCUUCAGGAUUUUUUUGGUGAUGAUGACAUAUUUAUUGCAUGUGGCCCUGAAAAAUUUCGUUACCAAGAUGACUUCUUGCUAGAUGAAAGUGAAUGUCGUGUAGUGAAAUCUACUUCGUAUACCAAAAUAGCUUCAACACCACGUCGGAGCACCACCAAGAGCCCAGGUCCAUCGCGACGCAGCAAAUCUCCAGCAUCCACCAGCUCAGGAGUAAUGAGAAGAUUAAUAGAAUUUCAUGCUAUAUUGAUUAAUGGAACGCCUGGAAGUCAGCUUUCUACUCCCCGUUCUGGGAAGUCUCCAAGCCCUUCUCCUACUAGCCCAGGAAGUUUGCGGAAACAGAGGAGCUCUCAGCACAGUGGUUCCUCUACCUCACUAGCCUCUACCAAAGUCUGUAGUUCGAUGGACGAAACCGAUGGGCCUGGUGAAGAAGUGUUGGAUGAAGGCUUCCAGGUUCCAGCUUCAAUAGCAGAGAGGUAUAAAGUUGGUCGGACUAUAGGAGAUGGAAAUUUUGCCGUUGUAAAAGAGUGUAUAGAAAGGUCAACUGGUAGAGAAUAUGCCCUGAAAAUCAUUAAAAAAAGUAAAUGCAGAGGAAAGGAACACAUGAUUCAGAAUGAAGUUUCUAUUUUAAGACGGGUCAAACAUCCCAACAUUGUUCUCCUGAUUGAGGAAAUGGAUAUGCCCACUGAGUUGUAUCUUGUCAUGGAGCUUGUAAAAGGAGGAGAUCUUUUUGAUGCUAUUACCUCCACAAAUAAGUAUACAGAGAGGGAUGCCAGUGGGAUGCUGUACAAUCUGGCCAGUGCCAUCAAAUACCUUCAUACCUUGAACAUUGUUCACAGGGAUAUCAAACCAGAAAAUCUGCUGGUCUAUGAGCACCAAGAUGGAAGCAAGUCACUGAAACUAGGAGAUUUUGGUCUGGCCACAAUAGUAGAUGGACCUCUUUACACGGUCUGUGGAACCCCCACCUAUGUGGCUCCAGAAAUCAUUGCAGAAACUGGAUAUGGCCUGAAGGUGGACAUCUGGGCAGCUGGUGUGAUUACUUACAUCCUGCUGUGUGGUUUUCCUCCAUUCCGUGGAAGUGGAGAAGACCAGGAAGUUCUUUUUGAUCAGAUUUUGAUGGGACAAGUAGAGUUUCCAUCUCCAUAUUGGGAUAAUGUAUCUGACUCUGCAAAGGAACUAAUUACUAUGAUGCUUCAGGUAGAUAUAGAACAGCGUUUUUCAGCUUUGCAAGUGCUUGAGCAUCCAUGGGUUAAUGAUGAUGGCCUUCCAGAAAAUGAGCAUCAAUUGUCAGUAGCUGGAAAGAUAAAAAAACAUUUCAACACAGGCCCUAAGCCCAACAGCACAGCAGCUGGAGUUUCCGUUAUAGCAACCACCGCUCUUGAUAAGGAGAGGCAGGUUUUCCGACGAAGACGCAACCCGGAUGUGAGGGGACGUUUUAAGCCACAGCCACCACCUCCUGAACUCAACUCUGAAUCAGAAGACUAUUCACCAAGUUCAUCUGAGACUGUUCGCUCACCCAAUUCACCCUUUUAAUACAUUACUUCUGUUGAAAGUCCUGGCUUAACCCUUUGAGAUUUUGACAACAAUUCUUGAAACCAUGUGCAAUUUUUCCAUUUGAUUUUUGUCUGUAUCAGUUCCUUGACAAAGAUGCCAGAAAGGAAUUUAAUGGUAUCUUUAUAACAAUAGUUUCCUAUAUGAUUGAGAUGGUCUUUGUUUUCUGUCUAGACUAGCCUUCUGCAGCCUGACAUCCACAGGUGUGGUGGGAGUGUCCUUCCAGAAUUUCCAAGCAUUCCCAUUUCACAUUUGAAGAGAACCAGAUUGGGGAAGCCUAGUCUAGAUUGUGAUUUGCUGCUAAUAUGAUCCUCAAAGGGUUAAGG